GUAAAACAUAUAUUUAAAAAAGUGAUGUUAGUUCCAUAAAUAUUACAGGAAUAAUAUUAAUUUAAAUAAUUCACUUUUGUAAUAAAAUAUUAUAUAGUUAUAAUAAUGUCCGACGUUGAAGAACCGCCGCCAAAAGUUUCAAAACUGGAGGCUGCGAUGGAAUUUGAAGAGAGUGUCGGAGAAAUGGAGGAGGGUCAGGAGGAGUGGCUCAGUGAGGGUAACCUCACUGAUGAGGAGUACCAUCCGGCGGCCAACGAAGAUCAAUGCUCGAACCCCGGCAACUCGAGUCAAGAUGAUGCCAUGACCAGUGCUAAUGACGAGUCGAUGGAUAAUGAGAGCCAAGGAAAUAUUAAGGACUCAAUGAAGAUCGAAAGUAUCGAGAAGACCCUCAACAGCUUGGAGAACGAAGUCAAAGAUGAGCAACACGCGGACCUGGAGCAGUUCCUGAUCAAGAAAGCUGAUGGAGCCGCCGUUGAGUCCAGGUCGACUGAUAAAAUUGAAGAUGGCAACGACACUGAUGAUUUACUGAGAUUACUAGGCGAAGACGAUGACAAGGCAAAAAUUAAAGUUCUAGUCAAAACGAAGCCCAAAAAUAAAGUGCAGGAUGACGAUUCCACGGAUGACGAUGAUUUUGUGUUUGAGGGCUCCAAGGUGACGCAAUUGAAAGUGACCAAGAAUGUCCUGAAGAAGAAAUACCCGGCCGCUAAAGCUGUGCCCGAGGAUACGACUGACGAUUCAGACGCUACCGAUGUGUCGCGAGACGACGCCGAGGCGCUGAAGAAAAUCUUCGCUUUCAAACCCAAGAGCCAGAGUCAGGCCGCUGGGAAGCCCACAAAGGUAAUAAACGCUUCCAAAACGGUCACCAAGAAGUACGUGUCCACAAAUAGCAUCGUGAAAAAUGAUUCUUCAAACAAGCAUACCAACAAUGAAGUAUUGAAGUCAUCAGACAAAUCUAAAGUGAUAUUAAAAAAAGUAGAGCCACACACUAAGUCGAAACAGAGGCCUCUAUCACCAGAGCCUGAUGAAAUCAUCAACGAGGAGGAGUUCCUUGAAGAAGAUGACUUCGAUUUGGACGAGGAUUUCGACGAAGACGUGGACGUCAGUUUGAAGGCGAAGCAGCUGCUGAGGAGACCCGAACAGAUGGACGAGGAGGUGCCCUCGGACGCCGAAAGCCACUCUGAUGACCAGAGCCUCUACGAUGAGCUGCCAUCGUCUGAUUCCGAGGAUGUCGACGACUGGUUCGAGCUGGACGUCAGAGCGGAGCGCGCCGGUGACUAUAUACCAUUAUUAGGCUCGAGGGCCUACGAACUGCUGACAGAAGAGAAGCGUCGCGUGACGGAGCGACUGACGGAUCUAAGGAAACGGCUCGCCUCCGUGUCGGAGAGUGGGCGACAGCAGAUCGAGCAGUUGAAGAAGGCCACCAAAACGCUGUCUGAGCUCGACGACAUGCUGAAGGCUGCUUGACUAACGUAAAGACGUCAUAACCUUCCGGGGUCCCCGAAGGUUAUGACCGGUGACUCCCGUGAGCUUUGUAGUUGGGUCACUUGUGGGCCCGGUAUGUGAAAUUGCGGUCACUGGUGACCCACGUUAAUUGUAUAAAUUUGAUUCCAUUACCGUUAAUUUUAUGAAAAUAUGGAUUUAUCCAACACAAAUUUACACAUUCUGAGGGUGAUCCCUCAGAAUGUGUAAAUUUUUGCGUCACCGCUGACCCCCCUUUAAUUUUGUAAAGUUAGGCAUCAAUAAAGAUGACCAAUGUAUUAAUAAUUAAAAAAUAUUUUCAAAGCCUUUCGACAAGUUAAAAGCGGCUUGAGUAACUAAAAAACGGGGUCACCGGUGACCUCCAAUGAUAACCAUUGGAUGUCACCGGUGAUCCCCGCGAAGGUUGUUAAGUGGGGGUCACACGUGAUCCCCACGGGCAUUGUAGUAUAAUAGGAUUAAAUGUGGGUCCCGUUUAUUAAUUAAGGGUCACCAAUUACUCCAUGAAAUGUAAAAGCUUUUUUUAAUUUUUUUUUUUAUUCAAUGUAGCUUAUAAAUCUAGUAAAAUAUUUUUUUUAUGAGAUUAAAAUGGAAAAUGUAUUUAAAUUUAACAGAAUUCUCAUCGUGUCUCCAAUCAAAUUGUUUAUAAUUACUCCUCUCCAUUCAAAGGUUGCCUGGAAGAGAUCGCUCUCAGCGAUAAGGUCGCCCAUUGUUUUCUCACUAUGAUUAUUUCUUGUAAUUGUUUGUAUCUAUAAUAAGUUUACCAUUGUAAUCUUAUGGAAGAAGCAAUAGAGAGUAUCUAUCUAUCUAACUCAGCUUGCACCAUCGGAUUAUGCAGCUGGGGCAUCAGUGGUUAAUGAUAGAGGAUCAUGAUGACAGGUCAUCAGGAAUUCAUUAGAAAUUACCGAUAGUUUCCAGGGGGAACAGCGUGGAGGUCGAUCUGAACGGGGGUCUGUUGCUAACAAUGUGGACUAACCUCCCAAUUAGGGGGAAGGGAUAGCAAUGUAGAGUACCAAUCCCAUUGCUAGCAAUAUACCCUGUCAGAUCGACCUCCCAGUUUGUCCCUGGAAACCAUCGUGCUGAAUUUUAGAUGAUGACGAUGGACCAACUGAUCUGUUUUUUCAUCCUCACCUAUUAUCCUUCACUGGUGUCUCGUCAGCAUAUACCGUUAGCGCAGACGGGGUUACCAUACUGUUAUCAUCCAUAAAAAAAAACUCCCAAUUAACAUACUCUUUUCAGAGUAAAACGAAGUAAAUUGCUUUACUCGUAUGUUUAUAAUACGUGGGGGUCACCGGUGACCCCAUUUUACUUUUAAGGUUGAUUAGGCAUUAUUUUGCUUAUGUCCGCAAUUACUAAGUCGACAAUUUGAUAUUAGUUUUAAGGCCCCUGUACUCGUUUCGCCAACGCCUCGAGCGUACAAUCUGGAUCUCGAUAUAGACAUUGUUUACACGUGUAUUACGUUCUUUAGAUAUUCUCUCUGAUCUAUUCUGAAGCGCCGUCCUCUGAACCUGUCUCUAACAUUUAAGUUUUAAUCUGAUAUCACAAGUAAAUCUUUAUUAUAAGAAUCAAUAUGAACUAAUUUUCUAAUGAAUAUAAAUCAAAUUUACUAUAAAUUAAACCGCUUAUUUAUAAAAACGUGUUACCUCUCAUAAACCAGAGGGAGACUUUGUACAAAUGUCGUUUGCUUGGCCACCUCUGUCCCAUUCGUGUUUCUACCGUGAAGCAGUUGUGUUCGCAUGGCUGUGUUUCGGUUUGAAGGGUGGGAUAUGACAGUGAAUUUACAGAGUACAGAGGAAUAACACCUGAGUCCUCAGGAAUGGGGAUUUUUACCAGUAGUUGUCACGGUUGGCAGACGGAUUGAAAACCGCAGAUAGAUUUUUGAUAAUGUUUUAAAAGGAACGUUGCUGCGUAUUUCUCGUCCAUUAUGAUAUUUCAUAUGCUACGCCCUUAGAUUAUAUAGAUAGAGUAUCGAGCCUCAAAAACGGGUCAACUUUUUGUCAGCUAAUUGACAAAUUAGCUCGUUUUUUUUUUUUCAGAGUUCUAUAUAUUUACGCAUAAAAUGUAUCUUGAUGUAUUAUUUAGUAAAUAAAAUAAGUGUUAAUGUAAUAAAAAGUUACAGAAUUUAUAAGACAAAACAAAUAUAGAAGUUAUAAAGUAAUCACUCAUAAUUAUUCACGCAAAAAUGUAUGGAAAAGUUGUCUCGCUUUUCUCGAAGCAUUUGUAUGGAGACACUCUAUCUAUAUAAUCUAAGGCUGUGCCAAAUCAUA